AAUAAAUAGAUUUUUUGUUUAAAGCCCAGUAAAUAAUUUAUUUUUAUAUAAUUAAUAUUAAACUAAAAAAUAAUUAAAACAAAAAUGAGAAAAUUUUACAUAAUAACUUUUUUCUUAUAGUUAACUUAAUUUUUGAAAGCUUAGAAAUGCUAAGCUGGAUAUUAUGGAACUUCAGAAUGCUUAUAAUGCCCAAAUAAUAUGAUGUCAAAUCCCUCUAACAAUCAUUCUAUAGAUUAGUGUUAUAAUUGCCCAGAUGGCUACUAUUUUAAUAGUGUAGAUUGCUUAAAGUGCAAAGCAGGAACAUAUUCCUAAAAUGGAAAGUGUAUUACUUGCGAAGAUGGAACUUCAUCUGAAGAAGGUUCAUUGUUUUGCUAUGAAUGCCCUCCUGGUCAAUAUUCAAAAAAUGGAGAAAAAUGCAAGGAAUGUCCCAUAGGAUAUUAUUCUCCAAAUGUAAAAUCUUCCUCUUGCAUCAAAUGCCAUCCAUAAAAAGCUUCAAAUAAAGGAUCUUGGAUGUGUAAUUAUUGCUAACCUGGAGAAUAUGCGAAAGAUGGUGAAUGCUUAAUAUGCCCAAGUGGAACUUAUUCUAAGUUUGGCUCUAUUUACUGCGCAAAGUGCGAGCUGGGAUAAGGUUCUAAUCCUGGUUCAUCAAUGUGCAUUGAUUGCCCUCCAGGAACUAUUUCAUAGUAAGGGAGAUGCAUAAAUUGCUAUGCUGGAUCAACAACAACCGAAUAUAAUUAAAUUGUUUGCAGUAGAUGUCCAGAUGGCUAAUAUUCUGAACCUGGAGGUCAGUGUAAGUUUUGUGAACCAGGAACCUAUAUAAGCUCAUUUCGUUAAAAAAGUUGUGUACCAUGCAAAAGAGGACUCACUUCUUAUCAAGGAAGUUAAUGUUUCGAAUGUCCUUAAGGUUCUUUACUAAUUGAUAAUAAAUGUGUUUGUGGCAAAAAUUAAUUUAUGGUAGGCGAAUACCCUAAUUUUACAUGCUAAAGUUGUUAACAAGGUUUUUUUUCAGAAGAAGGAUCUAGUUCUCCUGAGGAAUGUUAGCCAUCACAAAUAAUUAAUGCACAUGCUUCUUUCAAUUCUUCUGAUAUAUUAAAAACUUUAUCUAUUUACUUAAUUUUUCUGAUGCUUUACAUUUGA